CCGAUCAAGUCCACUCCGAUAAUACCGCCCCUCUCAAGAUCGCGAAUACUACGUUCAUCAAGCGCAAACAUCAAACUGCAGGAUGGCGACCGACGCUCACUGCGCAUACUGCUUCGAAAGCCUCGCCGCAUCCCUCGAAAAGCGCCCUGCCCUUUCCCUCCGCCAGGUCGAAGCCCUCUGGAAGAAGUACAGCGCCUCGGCCACCACCACCGAUGUUGCCGAAGCCGACACCGACUCACCUGCCAAACCCGCCGCCAUAUCGCGCCUCCUCUCACCCUCAAGUGGUAGCGCAUCUAGUGCAGCGUCCACACCGAGCGGUACCAGCUCCGCCAGCAGUGCAGGGACGAGCAUGACCUCGCUCGGCAGCGCGCUACAGAAGGAAGAGAGCGCACAGGGCGAGUACCCACUCUUCGUGACAUGGAACACACUGUCGCGCAGCGGAGACAAGAGACUGCGGGGAUGUAUCGGGACAUUCGAACCACUGGAUCUAGAGGAAGGGCUGAGCAGCUACGCAUUAACGAGCGCUUUCGACGACGGCCGCUUCUCGCCCGUCACCGCCCGUGAACUGCCCUCCUUACAGGCCGCCGUCACUCUCCUGACCAACUUCGAGCCAACCCCCAACAACGACCCCCUGGCCUGGGACAUCGGCACGCACGGCCUGCGCAUCUCGUUCACAUACCACGGCCGCCGCUACGGCUCCACAUAUCUUCCCGACGUGGCGCGCGAGCAGGGCUGGACAAAGGAAGAGGCGCUCGUGAGCCUAAUGCGGAAGGCGGGGUGGAGCGGCAGGAAGGAUGACUGGCAGAAGAUCGGGCUGAAGGUUAUACGGUACCAGGGGAAGAAGGCGGCGUUGGAUUACGAGGAGUGGAAGGCGUGGCGGGAGUGGGUGGAUGAGGAGAUGGCUGACAAGUAAGUUCGCUGCUGGAGAGAGACGGUUUGUAUACGACGACACGAUAUCCAUGAUAGAGCCAGCAAGGCGUCGAACGGUGCAUCUAGACAUAAUAGACACGGUUCUCAUUUGUAAUGAUGCUGGUGGCUAAAGAAGAAGCUCGAUCGAUAUUGUGCUGAAGAUGGGUAAGUGCUAUCUCAAAACUUGGUGCUCGACUAUGGCUCUACCGUUGUGAGGACGCUCGCGAGCUGAAGCGGCCGAUCGAACGACGUAGCAAUGCGCGCCCUGCGCUGCGUGUGAACUCAACUCCCAG